AUGCUCCGAUUCGCGCAACUCCAGAGCAACCAAGCUAUGGACACGAAACUUCGCCGUCUUCUUCGGCCCACGACCAAAACCUCCUCCUUAUUCCCCGAGUGGUACACUGAAUCUCGAAGUCAAAUUUGCCCCGUUCGCCAGCCGAGUGCGCCGAGCGCCUUUGCGAAGCCAGUUGACCUCGCUGCCGUUUUGUCGCAGUUGCUCUUGCCAGCUCUGAGGUUGGAUCUGUUUCCGAAGCUCUCCAUCGACAUCCAUAUCCUCGUCUUGGAAGCGGACACGGAUGCGGCCGUUCUGUCGUCAGGAUUGACUGCAGCCUGUGCCGCGGUUGCCGACGCGGGCAUUCCGUUGACUGGGCUGGUCGUAGGGUCCCUGGUCAGUUACAGCCGGCGUGAUGCCGGCGCUCGGGAGGCUCACGAGCCUCAGUAUGACUGGGGAGAACACCUUGGACAGUGUUUGCGAGGUGAGGUUGAGGCUUUUGUGUAG